GGAAGGAUUCUUGGCCAGGCUGCGAAGGAGCAGAGCCAGCCGUGAGUCACCGCAGCCACCGCAGAGGUUGGGUAAGAAGCGCAGCAGCACAAUUGGAGCAGCCCCGUGACCUCAGAGCCGAGCUGUGUAUUUAAGAUCUGGCUCGCAGAUGUUGCGGGAGGCUGGGGCAGCGCAGCGCAGCCGGCAGAGGCACAGAGGACACCGCCAGCCCCGGGAUGCUCGCACUGCUGCUGCUCUCUGCCCUGCUCUGGCACCGGGCUGCAGCCUGGGGCCUCGGGAAGGAUGGCGUGCUGCACAACUCCAUCUGGCUGGAGCGGGCGGCCGGCGUGUACCACCGCGAGGCGCGCUCGGGCAAGUACCGGCUGACCUUCGCCGAGGCCAAGGCCGUGUGCGAGUACGAGGGAGGACACCUGGCCACACUGCAGCAGCUGGAGGCAGCCCGGAAAAUAGGUUUCCACGUGUGUGCUGCUGGCUGGAUGGCCAAGGGCAGAGUUGGCUAUCCCAUAGUGAAAGCUGGAGCCAACUGUGGCUUUGGCAAGACUGGGAUUGUUGAUUAUGGGAUUCGCCUCAACAGGAGCGAGAGGUGGGACGCCUACUGCUACAACCCCAACGGAAAAGAGUGUGGUGGAGUCUUCACAGAUUCCAAAUAUGUUUUCAAGUCGCCGGGCUACCCGAACGAGUACGAGAACAACCAGGUGUGCUACUGGCACAUCCGGGUCAGGUACGGGCAGAGGAUCCACCUGCAGUUCCUGGAGUUCGACGUGGAGGAUGACAUUGCCUGCCAGGGUGACUUCCUGGAGGUCUACGACAGCUACGACGAUGUCAAUGGAUUUGUGGGCAGAUUUUGUGGAGAUGAGUUGCCAGAUGACAUCAUUAGCACAGGGAACGUGAUGACGCUGAAGUUCCUGACGGACGGCUCAGUGACUGCAGGGGGGUUCCAGAUCCGCUAUUCCGCCCUGGACACGCCUGCCCCAGCCAAAAAUGCCUCAGCACAGGGCAAAAACACCUUCCAGGCUGGGAAAUUUGGGAUUAUGUGAGCAGAACUCCAGGCACAGAAAGGGGCUCUGGACUGAACACUGAAAAAAAAUUCAGAUUUUUUCUGACUUUUUUUUCAUCUGAGAUUUUUUCAUUUCUCUUUCUGAAUUUUUCUCCUUGCCUUUUCUAUGUUUUGUAAUAAACUACACUAGGGAAUAAAUUAUAAAAUAUACUUACAUGGAUAAUAGAGAAUUAUUUUUAGAAUACAAGUACUGUAAAAAUCAAAGAAUUCAUUGCUACCAAAGACUUUAAAUUUAUUUUUUUCUAUAUAAACUGCUCCUUUUCCUCAUUUCUGGCACCACUUGAACAAACUUUUUGUGUGUCUGUCCUGAUUAUUUUAAAACUUAACAGGCUCUUCUCUCCUUAUUUCCCUUGAUUCCCACAUAUUUAUUUUUUAGACUGUUGCUUUUUUUUCCCUGUUCUCUACACAUUAUUAUUUUUUUUAAUUAACUGGUCUUCUUGAACUGGAAGGGCCUUCAGUGUAAGGUUAUUUUUAAGACAAAAAUUCAUCUUGUGGAUGGCCUGGCAGCCACCAGGUGAAGAUUGGGAAGCAGCACAGAGAGCACAGGAUCAGCUGGAUCCACACUUCCAUUUUCCUGUCACAUCCAUGGGUUCUGUCAGGGUUUCCUCAUCCAGAGAAUGAAGUCCUUCCAAAAGAAUUAAAGGAAUGACUUGGUAAAGAGAAUAAAAGUGCUGAGAGGAAGCAGCAGGAGGAACUUCUCACCAAGCACGUUCAGAAGACACCACCGAGGUGCUGGACCUUGUUUACAUGGGUUUGAGACCGUUCUAGUUUAAAGUACUGGAUUUAAAAUAAUUUCAGAGUGUUCUAGUUUAAAUUACUGAAUUUAAAAUCCUUUAAGACUGUCCUAGUUGAAAUUAUUGAAUUUAAA